GUCAGGUUUUCCAGUGACUUCCAAACAGGGGACAGCAAACAAGAUCCCCUCACCCGCCUCUCAUGAUCCUCUGGUCGCCAUAUUCUCUCUGUCUAGGGGUCAGCAGUUGCCCUCUCCUGUCCCCUCGGGUACCUCUCUGUAGAUUGUCUGCAGCGUGGCUGUCACCAUGAGCAGUGUCACCUAUCACAUCUCCAGCCUGCUGGAGAAGAUGACAUCCAGUGACAAGGACUUCAGGUUCAUGGCCACAAAUGAUUUGAUGGUUGAACUGCAGAAGGACUCCAUCAAGUUAGACGAGGACAGCGAACGCAGGGUGGUGAAGAUGCUCCUAAAGUUGCUGGAGGACAAAAACGGAGAGGUGCAGAACUUAGCAGUGAAGUGCCUGGGGCCUCUGGUGGGAAAAGUAAAAGAGCAUCAAGUGGAGACGAUUGUGGACACUCUGUGUAGUAACAUGCUAUCAGAGAAGGAACAGCUGAGAGAUAUCUGCAGCAUCGGGCUGAAGACGGUCAUAUCAGAGCUUCCUGCAGCAAGCUCAGGAUCCUCCUUAGCCGCCAAUGUAUGCAGAAAGAUCACAGGACAACUGACCGCGGCUAUAGGAAAGUGUGAUGAUGCAGCGGUGCAGUUAGAGGCUCUUGAUAUAUUGUCGGACAUGUUGGGAAGAUUAGGAGGGGCUCUCUUCUCUUUCCAUGCCUCCAUCCUCAGCUGUCUUCUGCCCCAGCUCACCAGCCCUCGCCUUGCUGUGAGGAAGAGAGCCGUCCUGGCACUGGGGCACCUGGUACAAUCCUGCAAUGGAAACCUGUUCACAGAACUUGUUGAACAUCUAGUGGCGGAAAUGAAAAAGAACGAAUCCACAUCCACCACGAGAACGUACAUUCAGUGUGUGACCGCCGUAAGCCUGCAGGCAGGACACAGACUGGGACCACAUCUGGAGAGAAUUGUGCCCCUAGUGGUGGGGUUCUGUAAAGUGGAAGAUGAUGAGAUGCAGGAGCAGUGUUUCCAGGCACUGGACUCCUUCAUCAGACGCUGCCCCAAAGAGAUCUCACCUUAUGUCCCCACAGUCCUUGAUUUGUGUCUGAAGUAUAUUGCUUAUGACCCUAACUACAACUAUGAUAGUGAGGAGGAAGAGGAGAUGAUGGAGACAGAAAGCGAGGAAGAACCAGAGAGUGAAGAAGAAUACAGCGAUGAUGAUGAUAUGAGCUGGAAGGUGAGACGCUCUGCAGCCAAGUGCCUGGAGACGCUGAUCACUGCUAGGCCCGAUCUCCUACCAGAGUUUUAUAGAUCUGUGGCUCCGGUCAUCAUUUCACGAUUUAAAGAAAGGGAAGAGAACGUGAAGGCGGACAUCUUCUCUGCGUUCAAUGCUCUGCUCAGACAGACACGGUGCUCUCACAGCUGCAGACAGAACGUGGAGGUCACCGACAAAGGAGAAAGUCCUCUCAGUUCUCUGCAGAAACAGGUUCCUUUAGUUAUGAAGUCCCUCCAUAAACUCCUCAGAGAUAAGAGCAUCAAGUCUCGCCAGGGAUGUUUCGCAGUUCUCACAGAGCUGACCAGUGCACUCCCCGGCUGUCUCUCCCAGCAUAUCCCGGCACUGGUUCCAGGUCUUGUCUUCUCCUUGACGGACAAAGGCAGUAGCUCUAAUAUGCGGCUGGAUACGCUAAUGUUCCUUCACGUCAUCCUCAGCGGUCAUCCCCCCGAAUGCUUCCAGCCUCACCUUCCAGCCCUCUUACCUCCAGUGGUCGCCUGUAUUUAUGACCCCUUCUACAAGAUCACCUCAGAGGCCCUGCUGGUGGCUCAACAAUUGGUAAAAGUGAUCCGACCGCUGGACCAGACCAAGGUAUGCCAGCCUUCGCCCUACACAAAAGAGCUGUUCUGCACCACCUUGAAAAGACUGCAGGCAACAGAUAUUGACCAGGAGGUGAAGGAAAGGGCCUUGUCUUGCAUGGGUCAUCUCAUAAGUCAUCUUGGAGACCAGCUGGGGAACGAUCUCUUGCCCACUCUCCAGCUCAUCCUGGAACGUCUCCGCAAUGAGAUCACCAGACUCACAGCAGUGAAGGUUCUCACCCUCAUUGCAGGAUCUCCUCUCAAGAUUGACUUGCGGUCACUACUGAAGGACGCUCUGCCCACUCUGGCCUCUUUUCUACGUAAGAACCAGAGAGCCCUCAGGCUAGGAACGGUAUCUGCCCUGGAGGUGUUGGUGAGGAAUUACAAUGACUGUCUGAAGCCCACCAUGUUGGAGCCUGUGCUGGGGGAGCUGCCGUCUCUUCUGGCUGAAUCAGACAUGUAUUUGGCCCAAGUGUCGAUAGAUUUUCUUACCACUUUGGUGUCCGCACAUCCGGCCUCCCUUCCCAAACUUAGUGCCCGUAUCCUCCCCCAACUCUUUCAGCUGGUGCACUCUCCUCUACUCCAAGGAGGAGCUUUGGCCUCCAUUCUUUCCUUCUUACGAGCGCUGGUCGUGAGCCACACACCUCACCUUGGGUAUGCCGACCUUCUCAAGCAGCUUACGGGCCCUGUGCAAUCCGCCGGACCCACACUUCACAAACAGGCCUUCCAUUCCGUGGCUAAGUGCGUGGCCACUUUAGCCAGCGCCUGCCCCAAGGAAUCCAACGCUUCCAUUACCCAGUUCAUACAAGAUGCCAAAAAUCCCCGCGUGGAAGACGCGGUGAAGGUGCUGGCCUUCUUGACACUGGCAGAAAUUGGGCGAGAGAGGAGCCUUGGCAACCAGCAGAAGGAGCUGAAGAAUGUCAUCCUUGAAGCUCUGGCGUCUCCCAGUGAGGAGGUGAAGUCCGCCGCCUCCUACGCCCUUGGAAACGCCUGUGUGGGCAGCCCUGCCGAUUUUCUGCCCUUUUUGCUGCAUGAAAUCGGGGGUCAGCUCAGAAGGCAGUAUCUGCUGCUGCACUCUCUUAAAGAAGCCCUGACGUGUCUGCCCAGCGAGGAGCUGAGACCCUACCAGGAAGACGUGUGGAAACUGCUGCUGCAGCACUGCGAGGCCACGGAGGAAGGCACCAGGAACGUGGUAGCAGAAUGCGUGGGGAAGCUGACCCUCGUAAACCCGGCACAGCUCCUGCCACGGCUGUGCAAGCAGCUCAGCUCAGGUUCUGCAUAUACCCGCAGUACGGUGGUCACAGCCAUCAAAUUCACCAUAUCUGACCAGCCGGCUCCUAUUGACCCCCUCCUGAAGAACUGUAUUGGAGACUUCUUAAAACCCCUCCAGGACCCGGACCCCAAUGUCCGUCGCGUCACUUUGGUCAUGUUUAAUUCAGCAGCUCAUAAUAAACCAUCUCUGGUCCGGAAGCUUCUGAGCAGGGUCCUUCCACCUGUGUACGAGGAGACAAAAGUGCGGAAAGAACUGAUCCGGGAGGUGGAGAUGGGCCCGUUCAAGCACACAGUGGACGAUGGCCUGGACGUGCGGAAGGCGGCAUUUGAGUGCAUGUACACCUUGCUGGAGAACUGCCUGGACCAGCUGGACAUCUACGAGUAUCUGAACCAUGUGGAGGACGGCCUGAAGGAUCACUAUGACAUUAGGAUGCUGACCUUCAUUAUCCUCACCCGUCUGGCUACUCUGUGCCCCAGUGCAGUUAUCCAGCGCCUGGACCAGCUCAUCGAGCCCCUCCGGGCCACCUGCACCACUAAGGUGAAAGCCGGCUCUGUGAAGCAAGAGUUCGAGAAGCAAGAUGAGCUCAAGCGCUCGGCUAUGAGAACCAUCACAGCUCUGCUCAACAUCCCCGAGGUGGAGAACAGCCGCAGCAUGGUGGAGUUCCUGACACAGAUCAGAGCCAACCCUGAGCUCUCGUCCCUGAUGGAGACCAUUCAGAAGGACUCAGUAAUGGCCUGCAGCUCAGAGAUCAUGGACAUCAGCUAAGAGACAGGCACCCGCUGCUAGAGACCGAACUAAAGAGGUAAACUAAAGUGCGGUGAACGGCGGCCAGGCCCGACUGCAGAUAAAGCAUGACCUCCGCCCAAGCACCAUGAACGUAGGCGGCUGCUGUGUCGCAUCUACACAUAGGAAACCAAUAAGUGUGUGAAAUAAAAACUAAGCCAGAAAGGAUUUUUCUGUGAGGAAAAAAUAAAUAAAUCCUACAAUAGAUAAAAA